AUGUCCUCGACUCAACCCACUCGUCGCAAUAUCACCGCCGCCGAACAGCGUCGGCUCGAAGAGAUGGAACGCAACCGCCGCAUCAAUCCGGACGGAAGCACUAGCGUGCAGGUGAUGCACGAACGGCAAGAGGAGAGAGGACAACCAGGGCAGGAAGGUAGAGAUAAUGGACAUGCGGCAACGCGUGACGAGAUGGAGAGACUAAGAGCGGAGAACCGCAGACUCAGAGACUUGACAGGGGAGCUACAAGUGAUAAGUGAAGGUCCGGCAGGCAGCACAGAUAACAGUGAUCUGGUAGAGGCCUUUCUGGACUUUGAGAAACAUGCCAAGGUUAGCAGUGCUGGCAAAGCUGUUAAUAAGCAAGGCUUCAAGAAGUUAGGAGGAGUCACCAACUACGAGGGGUAG